AUGACGAACCUAUCAUAUUAUGUUAUUCAUCAUUUAGCUAUUUCACUGAUACCCGAUGAUGGCAUAUGUGCAAAUGCAACAUGGAAUCCAAAUGGGACGACUGUUAUCGGAGGAAAAGGAUCAGGCUCUUCCUUAGACCGAUUUGACUUUCCAUCGCAUAUCGUUGUUGAUAAUGAUUUAAACAUCUAUAUUACCGAUAAUUUUAAUCAUCGAAUAGUUAAAUGGGCACCUGGUGCUAAAACUGGCCAAGUAGUAGCCGGUGGUAAUGGACAAGGCGAUAGGAGUCAUCAGCUCUCAUAUCCUGAAGGAUUUGUUAUUGAUAAAAAUGGUUCUCUUCUUAUUUGUGAUAAAGAAAAUCAUCGUAUUCAAAAAUGGAACAAGAAUGAUGAUCAUGGAACUACACUUAUGUCCAAUAUUCAUUGUUGGGGAAUGGCAAUGGAUGAUAAUGGAUUAUUGUAUAUUUCGGACAUAUCUGGAGACCAUCAUGUAAUAACGUGGCCUGAUAGUAGAAUUGUUGCUGGUGGAAAUGGACAAGGAAGUGCACUCAAUCAAUUAUCUUAUCCGUAUUUCAUAUUUGUCGAUCAUGAUCGAUCAGUUUUCGCUGCUGAUGGAGGCAAUCAUCGAAUAGUAAAAUGGCCUCAUGGAGCAACAGAAGGUAUUGUUGUUGCAGGUGGUAAUGGACCUGGGAGUGAGCUUAAUCAAUUACAUCAACCAUCGUCUGUUAUUGUUGAUCGAAUGGGUACUGUGUAUAUAGCUGAAGAUUAUAAUCCUCGAAUCACACGUUGGUUCAAAGGAAGCAAAGAGGGUGUUAUUGUUGUCGGCGGACGUGGUGAAGGUGAUCAUAUUGAUCAAAUAAGAGGUCAAUGUGAUUUAGCAUUUGAUCAUAAUGGUAACCUAUGGGUAGCUGAUUAUUUUAAUCAACGCAUUCAAUUGUUUAAAAUAGAUAAGAGUCUGUGCAAAUAG